UCCAUUUAAGAUCCUCAGUCAGCAGAAAGCCGGAGGAAGUCGAGAUGACCAUUGCUUAACCGCUGAAUGAUACAUCUCCUUCUACAUGUGUAGCUCAUUAACGCCUUUUUUUCUGACAGUAAUUCUGGUUAAAGUGACAGGCACGAAUAGAGACUCACUGUCCUCUUUGAGUAAAGUGGGGUUUUCAGGCCAGUGGAUCCAUCAUCACGGGAAGAGCCUGCAGUAAAAGACACAUGAUGUCAAGCUCCUGUGACACCCUACAGUUUCGUUUCCCCUCCCACGGUGACUCAAUCCUCAGCAAAAUGAAGACUCUAAGAGAGGAACACCGCUUCUGUGACAUCACGCUCCUCCUUGGGGAUCCACAAGGUGCCACUGUCCAGCCUCCGUACUUCCACGGUCACAGAGUGGUGCUUGCAGCCUCCUCGGACUUCCUACGUGACCAAUUCCUACUCCAUGAGGGCCAAGCCGAGCUGAGCGUGGGUGUUGUUUCCAGUAUGGAGGUUGGCGAAAGACUUCUCCUGUCCUGUUACACUGGGCUCUUAGAGGUCCCUCUGAGGGAGCUGGUGAGAUACCUGACUGCCGCCAGUGCACUUCAGAUGAGCCAGGUGGUGGAGAAGUGUGCCCAGGCCAUUUCUCAGUAUCUCAGUCCCUCACUGGCUUUCUUGAAAUUGGAGAGACACAGUACCUGGCCAGGCUUCCAAAAUCAGGAGGAAAAGGAUGCAGCCAAGCCUAGCACCAGCAACCAGGAAGUGAGUACAGAGGACGGGGGAGCGGUUGUUUUCCAGUCGAGGGUCAGCCAAGGAGGUGAGGUGGAUGUCCAAGGACUGAGAGAGGUCAGAGAUGAUGGGAGGGUGGUUAUAGCCAAAAUAGAGUUAUCUGAAAAUGUAGCAUGUUGCCUCGAUACCCUGGAGUCAGAGGAAGGCGGAGACAUCCGGCCUGUUCACACAAACAAGCCAUCCUGUCAAAUUUGUCACAUCAAAGGUGCCGAAGUAUGUGAGCUGCCCCCUCCCACAGCUGUCCAAGAUCAUUUGUCGUCAACAACCAGAGGAAGUUUUGCUCAACGCAAAGAUUGGGUGGACAGUACCCAGAACCACGAUGAAAGCGCAGGGGAGGAGCAAAGAAAAGGAGAAAUGUUCCUGCUGGAACUGCAAGAUUAUGAAAAGCUGAUGGACUCAAAUCUAAUUUCCCUCUCUGCAGCACAUUUGCCAACGAGUGAUUGUUCAGGAGACGAGCUGACAGAAGAUACACACAGCAUAUUGGUGCAGAGGCCAUACCUGUGCAGGAGGUGUGACAGGGUCUUCCAACACCUGGAGAGCUAUGUGGGCCACCUGAAGGAGCACAGACAGUACUUGUGUUUGGUCUGUGGCAAAGGCUUUUCUCAGAGGAGCAGCCUGACCUGUCACAUACGCAUCCACACUGGGGUCAAGCCUUUUCGCUGCCCGCUGUGUCACAAGACAUUUUCCAAAAAGGCCACGUUGCAAGACCACCUCAAUCUGACCACAGGGGAUAAGCCCCAUAAGUAUAGAUACUGUGCUGUGCACUUUGCGCAUAAGCCAGGCCUUAGGCGCCACCUAAAGGACAGUCAUGGUAAGAGCCUGCAGGACAUGCUUGAGGAGGCUGUGCACUGAUUAUAGCAGUUUUAGCACAAGUGGUGUUAACAAAGGAGGCUUAAUAGUUAUUUAUUUCUAUAUUACAUUGAGAACAUGUCAUAUAAGGUAUCAGGAAGCACAUUAAGCUACAUAACACAGAUUGCCCUGAGCUUAAAAAUAUUUUUAUUGCAGAUUUUCAUAUUAUACAAACAGGACACUGUAUCACACCUACCUGCAUGUACCUACCCAGCCCACCUGCCCCCCUGACCUGCAACUCUAAAUUAGAGUCGGCCAUUUUUGACAUUUGCCAAUGAGGAAAAGCACACAAAGGAACAAAACAAGAGCAGACAGACAGAGAAACACAACCACGCAACAAGUUAAGAGAUCAGACAAUGAAAGGUUACAUUCUCAGCUUUUAUAUAUCCUACAGAUGUGAAGAAAGGCUGCCAAGUUGCAAAAAAUCUCUAAACAAUUGGGGCUGCAAAAAUUAAAUAAAUAAAUAAAUGACUUGAUAAAUUAAUAUGCCAUUACAUGUACCAGAAAAAUAGAAGAAAAUAA